AUGAAGCUGCUGCUACUCUUCAUGCUAGCUGCCAUCCCCAUUUGCUGCUAUGCCAGUGGUUCAGGCUGUGAAAAACUGGAUAAAAUUAUUGAAAAGACAAUUGACCCAACUAUGUCUGUGAGUGAUUAUCAGAAAGUACUAAAACCAUACUUAAUUGAACGUUUUUCUGAAACAGCUGUAAGCCGAUUCAAACAGUGUUUUCUAGACCAAUCCAAGGAGACUCUGGACAACUUUAAAGUGAUGAUGGAGGCAAUAUAUAACAGUAAAGAGUGUCAGCAGCCAUAA